AUGAGUCCAGCACAGAUAACUUACAAAGACCUGCCCUCUCACUGUCUCUCGAGACAUGCAAGUAAACCAGUGGACUUUGGAUCAAAGCAAAAGGAACAAAUUCAGGAGUUGUUGUCUGCUUGCUUAUUUGAGCAAUUAGAACAGUCACCAUAUUGGAUAAGCCAGUAUGGUAGCGGUGUCUGUAGGACGAUUACAUUUUCCAAACAUAAUGUAAGCAUAGAAGAAAAUGUGUCAUGCACUUCUGUAAUGCACCCCAUCUGUGAGACGAACAAAUCGUUGUGUCAUCUGCCUGCAAACAAUACCUUGAAAUUUGAUGAAUGGAUAGAUAUAGGAAAAAACGAUACAUCGUAUUUGGUAUCUGAGAAUAGAUACACGUAUUGUGAAGCCAAACAAUUAUGUGAAACAACGUGGUAUGGUACUAUGGUAACACCCAAUGAUAAUUUAUAUAUGCCAAUAUUAGCAUCGAAAUUAGGAUUGACUGGAAUGAUGACUCUCGAAAUCUGGCUGAAAAAUUCUGGCAUUACAUGCCCACAAAACAAUGGAUCAGGAAAUACCACAGUGUUUACAGGACCGUAUGUUCAAGUCGAACAAGCGAGAAAAGCAAAUGCACGUAUCAAAAUGCUGUGUGAAAGAAAAACGUCAACAAUACUAACGACAUCGCCAUCUACAGCGAAAUGGCAUUCAACAUGGUCACAUUUACCACAACAAAUAUCAUCAUUACGACCUACAACGCAACGUCAACAUCCCUUGUCAUUUACAACAUAUGGCAGUUCACCAUUGGAAUCUACACCACAACGACAAACACUGUCUGAUUCUACUACAGCAAGUCAAAAAUCACAAUGGCAUUCAACACAGCAACAACAAGCUAAACCACAAUGGCAAUCACAUUCAUCAUCGCAAUUUGGACCUCAAUGGCAGCCAGAACCGGAAGCAAUAACAGCAAUGCUUGCUCUCUCGAAAAUGUCGGCUUAUAUGGUAACAGACAAUGAACUGGAUGAGACAGAUGUCCACCUCAUACCGUACAAGAAUGAGCCAGUCCAAUUCAAGUUGACAAAAGAGAACGUGCAAUCUAUGUGGAGGCACCUUCGUCAGCAAAGGAAUCCCAGUCAGUAA